AUGGAUCUCUUCAGCACCUCCCUCGAGAUCAUCCACCUCGUCUACACAACCACCAUCUUCAUCCGCGACGUAACGCAAGAAGUAAAAGGCUACGGCGAUGCCAAGCGCGACAUCUCCGAGCGUCUCGAGCAUGAACUCGUCUUCGUCGAGACCUUCUCGGACGUAUGUUUCGGCGAGGAGCGCGGCUUCCUGCGUGACACACGCGUCCGAGACAGCGUGAAGCGCGACGUAAAGCACUGCCUAGACGCGCUGAACAAAGCGCUCGCCGCGUAUCGCGCAGAGGCGUGGAAGUAUGCCGGCGCGGUGCCGGAUCUGGUUGAUCAGAGCGCGGAGGACUUGACUAAGCUUGAGCUGAAAGACGAGGGGAAGAAGAAGUGGAGAGAUGGCAUGAAGGCGCGGUGCCAGGUUUGGAGGAAGAAAGCCGCGCCGUUGGAGUGGGCGCUUUUUGGCAAGGAAGAGAUGGAAGCGCUGCUGGUUGCGUAUAGCGAGUGGACGGAUCGGCUGCGGCAGACCCUUUCAAUUAUCUUGCUGCUUGUGGGCACGCCGACGCUGGAGUUUGCGGCGAGUGCGCAGGCGGCGAAUUUAGGCGUGAAGGAGGUUUCGGAGAGGCAGGCGAGGGUGGUGAGUAAGCCGCCGGAAGAGUAUGAUGCGCUCCAGGGAGAGAUGAAGAAUCCUGUGGUGGCAAAGCCGGGGAAUGGGCUUAUAAGAGGUGUGUAUGAGGAUGAGUCCGGAUUCGACUCUGUGGAUGUUGUGGUAGAGAUUCGGCCGUAUGAGGAAGCUUUAUCGCUCGCCGUGAGCGAGCGCAACUACGACGAAGCUAGGGAGCUGAAGGAGCCGCUGAGACAGCUUACAUGGCUACUGCAGAGCCCUAUGGAUUCGAAUGUCUCCACGCAGGAUGCGGCGGAGGGCUACCGCAUGCACACGCUCAGCUGCAUGGGCUUCCUCGAUGAGCCGUCAAAGAAUCGCAGCCUGAUUCUGUAUCGUGCACCUCAAACGCUUCCCGCAGCGCAGGACGUGCCCACGUUGCACACAUACGUCCAAAAAGGCGCGAAGCCGGCACUUGGCAGCCGCUUCCUUACUGCACGAGCACUGGCUGCUACGCUGCUCACCAUCCACACCUCCGACUGGGUUCACAAGAACAUCUGCUCCCGGAGUGUGCUCAUCCUGCCCAUUUCAGAGCAUGCCACCGAGACGCUCCCUUACCUGGUGGGAUGGGACGUUGCGCGCCCACUAGAAGCCGGGACCUCGCUCCACGCGCUUUUCGACCUCGAACCCAACCUCUACCGUCACCAGCAGCGCUUCGGCAAGCCAAGCCAGAAGUUCGCAAACGAGCACGACAUCUAUUCGCUGGGUGUCGUACUGCUUGAGAUCGGGCUGUGGAAGGCCAUGUCUACCAUCUUUGCGCGACCUCUAGAGAAGAACCCGCGGAUUGAGACGACGCAGCAGCACGCGCUGUUCAAGAGGGUGAACGGCAUGAUUGUGGACAUGGCGCAGGGGAUUGAGCUGAAGAGGGAGAUGGGGGAGCGGUAUGCGGCGGUGGUUCAGAAGUGCUUGAAGUGGGAGCCGAGUCAGGGCCAAGAAGAGGUUGUUGAGAGCUCUAUCCGGUUCAGGACCGAGGUUGUCGAUGCCCUGGUUGCGGGGUGUAAGCUUUAG